AUGAUGCCAGUCCUCAUCUUGAAGGGAGUUCCCCUUCCCCGAAGGACGCAGCGAAAUCUGGUUAGGCUAAAGCUGCUACGCUCAGUUGUUUGUGUAACAGUCUCUGCCACUAUUUAUUCUGUGGACUUAUUGACCAUAAAGUUCAUUAGCUUCGCCUGAGCCACGAGCAUCUCUAUAUGGCAUCUGCAUUGUUCGCAUGUACAAGGUGCAACGCCCGUCAUCCAUUCGAAGAACUUUCUCAAGGGCAACAGCUUUGUAAAGAUUGCCGGGGUGCCUUCCCAAUUGUGAAGUGCACCUACUGCCGAACAGAAUUUCAGCAGGAAAACAGCAAAGGCAGUACACACACAAUCUGCAAAAAAUGUGAGCAGAACGUCAAAGCUUAUGGAAAGCCCACUGCGUGCGAGUAUUGCAACAUUAUUGCUGCCUUCAUUGGCAGCAAGUGCCAACGCUGCACCAACUCCGAGAAACGCUAUGGACCCCCCGUGAACUGCGAACAGUGCAAGCAACGCUGCGCCUUUGACCGCAAAGAUGAUAGCCGUCGUAAGGUGGACGGCAAGCUGCUGUGCUGGCUGUGCACCCUGUCCUACAAGCGUGCCCUGGCCAAGGCAAAGCAGAAUGACCCAAUGCGGCACUCUGCACUCAGCAAGGGGGGCUCUGCCUCGGCGGCACACCACCACCAUCACCACCACCGGUCCUCCUCGGGCUCUGUCGCCUCGGUCGGCGCGGCAAGCACGGGGGGCCAGAACCACCACCACCAUCGCAGUGGCAGCAAGCACUCGACCACCUCUUCACUCACCAACCACAAGUUGAAUACCGAACACAGCAGUAGCAAGCGGCCACGGCUGGACCCUGCUAAGCUAGCCAAUGGCAGUGUUCCCCUUAGGAGUGCCCCCGAGAACAGUGGCCUGAUGGACCCCAACAGCAGCGACCAUGUGGUGGCCCUGACUCAGCUCAAGGAGCAGGUGUCCUCACUGCAGAAACAACUAAACCUAAAAGACCAGCAACUCUUAGCCAAGGACAAGCAGAUUGCAGAGCUGAAGGCGCACAUGUCGUCCGAUGAGAGGAAUCACCGAACCAAGCUGCAGGCAGAACAGAAGCGGCACACCGAAAUAGUGCAGGAGCUGACGAACAAGUUGCUUGCCCUGCAGAAGCAAGUUGUUGCCAAGGCCAAGAGCAGCCGCAAGAGCGCACUGGCCGCGACCGACAGCCCCUCUUCACUCAUCUCGUGACCUUGAAGGGGAUGGGUGACUGUCACGUCUUCAUCCCCCUCACCCCUUGUAGCUGCCCUCCUUCAUGCCUCUCUCAAAAACAAAAAGGAAAAAAGAAAAUAGGCUCUGAUUUUUAUUCAUUAUCAUUUUUAACAAACAGGUCUAUGUUAUUCCUGUCUUUUAUUUACGUUGCAAUUUUUUAGAAAUUUUUUUUAGGGCAUUUCUUUUUUUUUUUUUUUUCACCCCAGGGGAAAAAUUUUACGUACAUUCGUUUUAGUUGUGGCAAACCCCCACCCCCCACAAGGAUGUUUAGUUGAGCUUUCUGUCGUCAGGUGGUCAAUCAUGCUUUCUGUAUUUGUGCUGACCGGCUUUGGGAGGCGGAAGUUUAUUUUACUGCUGCUCUAAAUGCAGAUGAGGGUUUUUAUGUUUUCUCUGGUUUCGGUAAAUCGGUAUGAUCGAACGGUGUCCGGUGUUGAGCGAUCUUCAACAUACUUGGAAGCAUAGAUUUGUGGAGACAGACUAACACUGACCGAUUCACAUCCAUCUCUGUAAAAUCAAGAUCAUUUACCACACUGUACAUUGUGAACCACAAUAAAGUCAGUAUUCAAUGAAA